AAAAUGACGGUCAUGUUAACAUACAUUCUGGUUUGACCUUUCUUAAAUAUGACCUUUCAGAAACAAUUCACCUUGAAAAUAAUCUUCAAGUUUCCUGCUCACUGGAUACACCCUGACAUACUCCUGGUGGAAGGGACCGAGCCCACAGGUGGCUCCGGAGAUGGAAGGCGCCGGACCGGACCACGCUGGGCUUCACAUUCCCGCAUGAGAUGCCGAGGAGUGUGCUCACAGAUCCAGAGCGCGGACGAUGAUGGAAAUAAAACCCAAAAUAACGAAGACGGUUCGUGAGCGGCGGGCAUCCUUUUCGGAGGGACGGGAAAUGCCGAGAGGCUGCGCCUACAGACCACGUGACUGAUGGGGGCACCAAGUUCCGCUGUGACCCCGUCACUCCAGUUUGACCUGUGCCCCUGGGGUCGAGGGGGUCACAGGUCCAAGCACAGCUUCCUCUUCCUUAGGGUCAGAGGGCGGCUCUUCUGCAAAGGCGUGGACCCCACCUCCGGACCACUCGGCCUCCUGGGACACGCGUGGGCAGCGCCACCGCCACCCCAGGGCUGAGCGGAGUCCCCGGAUGUGAAGCGGGAACCGCAGACACCACCCGAGGGGCCAACUGCCGGGCUGCGGGCUUCGGGGCAGCGCAGGGGCGGGGCAGGGCUGGACCACCAUGGGCGAUGAAGACUGGGAAGCGGAAAUCAUCACCCCGCACCUGUCCUCCUACGUGCCGGUGUUCGAGAAGGAUAGGUAUUCUUCUGGAGCAAAUGGAGACACUUUCAGCAGGACUCCAGUUCCAUCGUCAGAAAUGGAUGAUGGACCCUCUCGAAGAGAUCCUUUCAUGAGAAGUGGGUUUGCCUCUGGGAGGAGCUUGGGAAGCAGAGAUGCCGGCGAGUCUAAUAAAAGGGAGAGCGCGUCCACGAUGGGUGGCUUUGGAGUCGGAAAGGGUUUUGGAAACAGAGGUUUUCCCAGUAACAAGCUUGAAGAAGGCGAUAGCUCUGGCUUCUGGAGAGAGUCUAAUAACUUCGGGGAAGACACUCCGGCGCGGAGCAGGGGGUUCUCCAGGAGAGGAGGCUUUCAGGAUGGAAAUGACUCAGAAGCUUCAGCGUCGCCCAGAAGAGGUGGACGAGGUGGCUUCCGAGGUUGCCGUGGAGGGUUUGGCCUGGGAAGUCCAAACAGCGAGUGCGAGCAAGACGAGGGGACGCCACGCACUGGCGGCCUCUUUGGAUCUAGGAGACCAGCGUUUAGUGGCCCGGGCAAUGGUGACAUUUACCAAAGCAGAAGCGGGAGUGGGCGAGGUGGUUACAAAGGGCUAAAUGAAGAAGUCAGCACAGGCUCUGGGAAGAAUUCUUGGAAGUCAGGAACUGAAGGAGCAGAAAGUGAUGACACUCAAGGACCCAAAGUGACAUACGUCCCACCUGCCCCGCCCGAGGAUGAGGACGCCAUCUUUGCACACUAUCAGACAGGCAUCAACUUUGACAAGUACGACAGCAUUCUCGUGGAAGUGUCUGGACACGAUGUUCCACCAGCGAUUUUGACGUUUGAAGAAGCUAAUCUCUGUCAGACGCUGAAUAACAACAUUGCUAAGGCUGGUUAUACGAAGCUCACUCCUGUGCAGAAGUACAGCAUCCCUAUUAUACUCGCAGGGCGAGACCUGAUGGCUUGUGCUCAGACGGGAUCGGGAAAAACGGCAGCUUUUCUCUUGCCGAUCUUGGCGUACAUGAUGCGUGACGGCAUCACCGCCAGCCGUUUCCGAGAGCUGCAGGAGCCCGAGUGCAUCAUCGUGGCCCCCACGCGGGAGCUCAUCAACCAGAUCUACCUGGAAGCCAGGAAGUUUUCGUUCGGAACUUGUGUAAGAGCUGUGGUCAUAUAUGGGGGCACCCAGUUUGGGCAUUCAGUUCGACAGAUAGCCCAAGGCUGUAACGUGUUAUGUGCUACUCCUGGGAGACUGAUGGAUGUCAUCAGUAAAGAAAAGAUUGGUCUUAGACAAGUCAGAUACCUCGUUCUGGACGAAGCUGACCGCAUGCUGGAUAUGGGUUUCGGACCAGAAAUGAAGAAAUUAAUUUCCUGCCCAGGAAUGCCUUCAAAGGAACAGCGCCAGACACUUAUGUUUAGUGCAACUUUCCCAGAAGAAAUUCAAAGGAUGGCUGGGGAGUUUUUAAAGCCGAACUACUUGUUUGUUGCUGUUGGACAAGUGGGUGGAGCAUGCACAGAUGUCCAGCAGACGGUCCUCCAGGUGGGCCAGUACUCCAAGCGCGAGAAGCUGGUCGAGACCCUGCGGAACACAGGUGAUGAAAGAACGAUGGUCUUUGUUGAAACUAAGAAAAAAGCAGAUUUUAUUGCCACUUUCCUUUGUCAAGAAAAAAUAUCAACAACAAGCAUUCAUGGUGACCGGGAGCAGAGAGAGCGGGAGCAGGCCCUGGGAGACUUCCGCUGCGGGAAGUGCCCAGUGCUGGUGGCCACUUCAGUAGCCGCCCGGGGGCUGGACAUUGAAAACGUCCAGCAUGUGAUCAAUUUUGACCUUCCCUCCACCAUCGACGAGUACGUGCACCGCAUCGGGCGCACCGGCCGCUGUGGGAACACGGGCAGAGCCGUCUCCUUCUUUGAUCCCGAGUCAGACCGGCACUUAGCGCAGCCGCUCGUGAAGGUGCUGUCGGAUGCCCAGCAGGACGUUCCCGCGUGGCUGGAAGAGGUCGCCUUCAGUACCUACGUGCCCGGCUUCAGCGGGAGCAGCAGAGAGAACGUGUUCACAUCGGUGGACACCAGGAAGAACUACCGUGGCAAGAGCACUCUCAGCGCAGCAGGCUUUUCCUCGUCACCAGUCCCUAACCCAGCAGACGACGAGUCGUGGGAUUAAAGCCACGGCAGCCUUCAAGCUCUGAUCGUUUUGAUGCAGAGAAGCAGUUUUGAUUUUGAGUUUUUAAUGGAAGUGUGAAACCCAAUACUCGUACCUCCUGUCAUUCUGUUCUUACUCCUGCCCUUGAAACCCCUCACCAACCAGUUACGUGAGAGGCUGACGUUACAGCUUUGCAGCUGCUGAUACAGACGGUGUUGCCUGGAAAGAUUAAAGCAUUCUAAACAUC